CUGUGGGCUUUAUUGAAUACUGAUGGAAGCGGAUGCAGAUGAAGUGUUUAUGCCCCAAGCAGGAUGGGACAAAGUAACAGAAGAGACUAGCAAUGAUCAACUGGAACUCCAGAAAAGGGAAACAGACUCUGUACCUUCAGAAGAAAUGUCACUGAGGCACCGGGUUGUUGUUAGCUCCCCUAAUACAAAUGUUGAGCAGGAAAACAUUCUGGAAUCAUCAGCUGAAGAAAAGGAAGUUGAUAGAUAUUGUUGGAUGCAGGAACUUUCCCGAAUAGUGCAGCAAGAAUACAGAAGAAGCAGUUGGUGGGAGAGACAUGGAGUUGAUUGGAGCAUCAUCGGGCUGGCUAUGUGUUUAUUACCUGCAGGUUUCCUGUGCCUUCGGUCACAAAGCCCAUUUCUCUUUGUGUUGGGCAUCCUGAUUCUAGGAUUAGCACACUCAGUGAUCACAGUUAAAGGAGGUCAUAUGACAAGUCACCGGACCAUGUGCCAGUCCCCCUCAUUGGGGAAGCUGUGGGCUACCUUCUUUAUAGAGGUGUGUAGCGGGCUGCCACAAGCGUGUGGUGAAGAAGGACAUGUAAAGCUCCAUCAUGGUCACACAAAUGUCAUUGGACUGGGAGACUCAAGCAUCUGGAAGGCACCAGCACUGCGCUGUGGAGUUUACAUGUUUGUGGCUCCCUUGGCACUGCCCAUCCUCACUGUGCUUGUUGGACUAAAGUUCAUGAUGCAGAUGCCCCUCUUGCAAGGAUUGCGCAGCCUGUGCUGUAUCAGCCUUGGUUUGUGGUGUCACUUCCAGGUGCUGGUGUAUGUGUCUGGCCUGAGUUUGUGCUCUGCCCUUGGCUGCAUGUUCCUAUCACGGGCCCUUCUUACCAUCCCAUUCAUACACGUCAACAUUUUCCAGCACAUUGGACUUGCAAUGUUCUCGCCUUCAAACCGCCCACCUCGCCUGCAGCUUAUGACGCAUUCCGUCCUGAACUUGCCUCGGAAUCUCCUCCUGGACUGGACAUUUGGACACUCAAUUGUCAGCUGCCAUCUUGAACAUCACCUUUUCCCGUACCUGUCGGACAAUAUGUGUCUCAAGGUCAAACCACAGGUAUCCAGUUUCCUGAAGGAGCGCAAUCUACCUUAUCUGGAGGACACAUAUCUUUCCCGUCUACAGCUCUUCCUGCGUCAUUAUGAGGAGCUAAUGGUCCUGGCUCCGUCUAUCACAGACCUCGCUGAGCUUCGCUGAGAGACCUGCAGGGGCGGGGCAUUGUCACUCUGUAUCUGCCUUUUGCUUGGUUUGGGUCAUGAUAGGGCCCAAUGCAUUGUACAUAUUAUUUUAAUAAAAUAUAUUUAUGAAUGAAAGAAA